AUGGCGUGUGUGUGUGUGUGCGUGUGCGUGGGCGUGUGCCUUUCUGUGUGUGCCUGCGUGCGCGUGCAGGAGGAGGAGCUGGAGCGCCUGGAGCGGGAGUUCUCCAUCCAGUCCCAGAUCACGGAGGCGGCGCGGCGGCUCGCCAGCGACCCGCACGUCAGCAGCAAGAAGCUGAAGAAGCAGAGGAAGACCUCGUACCUCAACGCGCUGAAGAAGCUCCAGGAGAUCGAGAACUCCAUCAACGAGCACCGCGUGCGCUCCGGGAAGAAGCCCACGCAGAGGGCCUCGCUCAUCAUCGAGGAGGCCAACAUCGGUUCUGAGGACAGCUCCCUGUCCGACGCCCUGGUCCUAGACGAUGACGACUCCCAGGUGACGGGGACCCCCACCUUCUCCCCGGUGGCGUCCCCCCACAAGGGCCUCCCGCCGCGGCCGCCGCCCCAUAGCCGGCCCCCGCCGCCCCAGUCCCUGGACGGCCUGCGCCACCUCCACUACACCCGCGUGGACUACGACCGCUCCCCCAUCAAGCCCAAGAUGUGGAGCGAGUCCUCGCUGGACGAGCCCUACGAGAAGGUCAAGAAGCGCUCGUCCCACGGCAGCCACAGGCGCUUCCCCAGCCCGGGGGGCACAGAGCCAGGGGGCAGUGACUCCCUCCAGAGUAGCCCCGUCAGAAGCCUCCCCGGCUGGAGCUCCCAGUCCAGCAUGCCCUCCACCCCCGACCUGAGAACCCGAGCGCCUCGCUACGUACACUCCACCAGGUCUGUGGACAUCAGCCCCACCCGUCUGCACAGCCUGGCCCAGCACUUUAGGAACCGCAGCUCCAGCCUGGAGUCCCAGGGCAAGCUGCUGGCGUCGGACCCCGGGGCCUCCCACCCCCGGCCCCCGGGGGGCGCUGUGACGGGCAGCCCCGACUUCUUCCUGGGCCCCGGCCGCUCCAACGGCUCGGACCCCCUGGACGACUGCUCGUCCUGCACCAGCCACAGCAGCUCCGAACACUACUACCCAGCGGGGGGCGGGCCCCUGGCCCCCGGGGGCAACCCCAACUACUCCACGCUGGGGGAGGACUCCCCCUCCAAGGCGCGGCAGCGCCAGCGCCAGCGCCACAGGUCCGCGGGCCACCUGGGCUCCUCCAACUCCGGCUCCAUGCCCAACCUGGCGGCCAAGAACGGCUGCGGCGGCGGCGGCGGCGGCGCGGGUGGCGGCGGCUCGGCCGGGGGUCACCACGGGGUCUACAUGCACAGCCAGUCGCAGCCCUCCUCCCAGUACCGCAUCAAGGAGUACCCGCUGUACGUGGAGGGCAGCCCCAACCCCGUGGUGGUGCGCAGCCUGGAGAGCGACCAGGAGGGCCACUACAGCGUCAAGGCCCAGUUCAAGACCUCCAGCUCCUACACGGCGGGGGGGCUGUACAAGGAGACGUGGGGGGCGGGCGACGACGGCGCCACCGAGGGCGGCGGCGGUCGACUCACGCCGUCCCGCUCGCAGAUCGUACGGACUCCCUCGCUGGGGCGGGACGGGGCGGGCGGAGGGGGGACGGGAGCGCCGGGGGGCCGGGUGGCCGUGUCGGACGAGCUGCGCUGCUGGUACCAGCGGUCGUCGGGGAGCCUGAAGGAGAAGGGCCACUCGCACUCGGGGUCCAACGCGUCGGAGACGGGCUCGCAGCAAGGCACCCUGGGACACGGCCGCGGGAGCCGCGUGGGGACGCUGUCCAGGUGCUCGCCAGCUGCCUCCCCACACAGUCAGAGGAGUAUGACUCCCUCCAGUGAACUGGCGGCCACGCCCACUCCCCCUUGUAGCCCACAACACAUUCUCAACUGGCAGAGCGGGUCCUUCGGCGACCGCUGCAGCCCGCUGGGCCCGGAGCUGGCCGAACCGCAGCCGUGGUACGGAACGGAGCAGGCCAAACCCGGGACCCUGGUCUGAGCCCCUCUGCUGUCCCCCCCCCCCCCCCAUCACCGCCCCCCCACUGUCCAUCACUGCUCCCAUCGGCACCACCCGCUGGAUGACCACGUCUUUAGAACCCCCCCCCCCCUCCCCCCCCUAUCUCUCUCCCUCUCUCUCUCUCUCUCUCUCUCUCUCUCUCUCUGCUCGCUCUUCAGACGGCCGUACUGAGCAGGGGGGGGCUCCUGGGCUUCAGGGACUACUUCAUGGGAGGGGGGGGGGGGGGGGGGGUGAGGGGGGGCAGAUAGACAACCAGAGACACUCCGAUCUUGAACUUUGACCCCAACCCAACCCCGAACUCCUUGUGCUUGGUGAUCAGAAAGUGCGCCUUUCAACGAGGGCUGAACGUUAAGAGAGAGGAAACGCUUUCUGAGGGAAAAGGCUUCACGAGACACAACACACAUAUUCACAGACACACCCCCCCCGCUCACCCGGACCCCGUUUUCCAGCGGACCUUUGACCUUUGACCUUUGUCCUCUGAGCCUCGACCAGUGCUGCCCACAGGCAGAGGGACCCCUGCUGGAGUUGAGCCUCCGUCUUUCUACACACGUCCCGCCCCCAUAGCUAGGUUUGGGUUCCCCGUUCAGUCUUUCUUUUUCUUUUUCUUUUCCGUUCCUCCGUGCUUUUCUUUACAAUCUGUAUGUUCGACAUAACGAUACGAAAAAACCAAGGUCGAGUUGCUCUGUUUCAUGACGUCCCCCCGCCAACCAAAGAUCCAGCAGACGGAUGGACCCCACAGCAGCUCGGGGUACGCGGACAGACCCAUCUGACUACCGGCCCACUGGAGGCUAACACGCUAACAGGAUGACAACAACAACACGGCUAGCUUCUGUUUGGGGGCGGCUGGAUGGCUUUGUGGGAAGGAGGGCUGUAGCAAUAACACACAUAGCAGUGCAUGCAGUGCAUGGGUGAGAAACAGGCUUUGGUACACGAUGAAACACCCUUUGUGGCUCGGAGACGAAAGCCUGUUACUGCAGCGAAGGGUUUGGGCUGGCAGUAAACGCUCAUUUGUGUGUGUGUGUGUGUGUGUGUGUGUGUGUGUGUGUGUGUGUGUGUGUGUGUGUGUGUGUGUGUGUGUGUGUGUGUGUGUGUGUGUGUGUGUGAUUUAGGGCUGGGCGAAUAAUCAAAUUUUGACCACGAUUUUGAUUUUAGCUUCAAACAAUCACAAAAUUAACAUAAUCACGUUUUUUUAUGUUAUAUAGAAAGGGCAGAACAGCUGGAUACAUAUCUGUAUUUUAUAUUAGAUUGGAACCUUUUCUUUUUGACCAUUUUGUGUCAUUUUUAAGGGGAAAUUUCAAAGAUCUCAGUUCCAAAGUUAUUUGUGGAAGAGCCAUGCUGAAUAAAUACAACAUGUUUUCAAACUCAAAAAUAAUCGUUUGAAUAAUCGUGAUUAGGAUUUUUCCGAUAAUCGAGCAGCCCUAGUGUGAGUGUGUGUGUUUCAGUGGUUUGUGUAUAUUGUCUAUGUUUUGUGUUUCUUGAUCUGUUCAGGCAUCUGGGAUUCUGUGGAGAGGAGACAUCAUGGAAAACAUCUCUUUCAUUGUACUUAACAACUAAAUAAAAAAAAGCAAUUGACAGCCCCUUAUACAAACAUAUAUUAGUGUUAACAGAAAUGUUAAGUCAGUCAAUGAGUCGUGGAACGAGCCUGGUAUUGCGAUGCAGAGUGCAGUAGGCUCUUGAAAAUCGGACUACACAUUUGCCCCUCUGUCUGUAGGUCACUCUGUUGGUCCGUCUUUCCAUUUGCUAGUCGUCCGUACACAUCAUCUGCAGGUCAGUGCAGUAAAACAGUCGGUUGAUCCUGAAAGUCUAGGCCCGGUAAACUGUAUAAUCACAGUGCUCUGACCCAGACACACACACACACACACCCACACACAGUCUGACUAGCACGACACAUGAUUAUAGUUGAAGCACAUACUAAUGUUGGCUUAUCAGUGCCAAAAAAGGUUGGUGCUUCAAGCUUGUACUGUCAUUAAGGAUACAAACGUGCCCGUUGUGUAACUAAAACAAACAGUCUUAUCAUUACCUGGUAUUAAACCCAAGUUUAUUUGCGUACGGGAAACAUUGGUUCUCCCUUUGGUUUUGAAGCACAAGACAAACACAGUUUUAGUGGUCAGGGAGGCAUCUCUUAAUGGGGUUGAACGCAUUGCUGUGAGCUCCAACUUAGGCCUACGACUUAAUUUAGUGUUGAUGCAAAUCCUGACCUCAAAGGGAAUUAAGAGCACACUUAGUUUGAAAACGGCGCAUGAAAUCUGCCGAGCUCCCCUCAAACGAAAACAUAAUUUUGCAUGGUUUCACCCACGAAAGAUAGUGACUCAUGCUUUAUGGAAAAGCCUUUGCACCCAUCCCUAAGAUAUAUAUUAUGGUCUGCUUUCACCCGAUUUCACAGCACUGACACAGGGAAGCCACCGGCCUGUUUGUUUCUCAACGUGUCCCACGUGUCAUUGUUGUAAAGCGUGCGUCAUCCUGUCCGUGUUCCUCGCCCCAGCGUGAGACGUUGGGACCAGACUCUGCAUGGCUGGUUCUGUUUGACUUGUCCCGCAAGUACUCUGUGAGAUGACUUAGGUAGUUAGUAAAAAAAAGAAAAAGGAAUGAAGCCCCCCCCCAAAAUGGAUCGCUGCGACCCCCCACCCCCCCCCCCCCCAAGGCCCGGCCCGGCCCACCCUCUCGCAGCCCCCCCGCCUCAGAGCCGCAGCACCCAUGCAUCCAGCCCCCCCCCCCCCGUAGAGACCACUGUCUGCCAUGAACCCGUGCAUGUCCUGCCAGGCAAGCUAGAGAUAAGCUCCGCCCCCUCCUCUGCCCCCGCCCCCACCCAGCCCCGCCCUCUAAAAGUUAUCCAGCAUCUGCCUUCUCUGCUCCACAACGAGCGCGUCUUUAUACACUAUUCGAACCUUGACCUUUGUCCUUGUGGUGAACUCUGACCUCUGAGCUCAACGUGAUGAAGUGUGAUGUACUGUCCCUCCCUUUAGGUCUAAACAUGCCAUACUUUCUGUACUUUAUAGCGACAUAUGAGGGUGUUUUUUUUAUAUAUAUAUAUAUAUAUAUAUAUAUAGUCUGAGAAAAGGAUAAAACUAACUUUUAUCAGUCUUUUUCCGUAUGUAUGGAGGGACGCCGUACGGUUUUGUGGGGGUUUUUAACAUUCACCACUGUUUUAACAAUACCCCAUUUUAUACGAAACCAGUAUUGUUUGUUUGAUUUCUGACAUCGUAACAACCCUUUCAGGUGCUACAAAAUGACCAGUUACUGCUAAGUCACGUAGGAGUUAGACUACCCUUCAAUGUAAACUAUAGAUUCCAAACCAGAUGUGCAGAACCAAGCUUAUUUUAACUUACAGUUUAAUAGUAGAAGACUUAUUCUACCAAACAAUAGAGCAUGUAACCAGAUUUGAUCACUUCUGUUGAACUGUAACCAGACAUCAAUGGUGUUGUAGGUUUAAAAAAAUGUGGAAUUGACAAAAAAAAUAACUAAAUUCCACAGUUAAUUUAUUCAUUUUUUCUAUUAAGAAUUUGUAUAGUAACUUUACAUUUUUCAAAACUGUGUUGUUGGCAACUGAUAAUGAAUUUUCCAGAUGAGAAGACUUGGUGGUUCUUGAGAUUAUGAAAAUAAAUUAUUGCUGAAUGUU